AUGAAGCUGAAUUUCUGGCUCCUUUCUCUUGGAGAAGCUAGGCAGAGAUUAACGGAGAAGAUCCGCAAGGAAAUCGAAUCUAACUAUGGCUGGGAGGAUCUUCCCGGGAUGAGCCCUAGCUACGACACAGACAAAGAUUACGGCGAUUUACCCGGAAGCGACUCGAGCACUAUUUUUGUUUAUGACGACCUCCCUGACAUGAUGUACAUGGACCCCUCUGAAGGUCUCUUUGAUGAAACAAUCAACGUCCCGAAUUCCAAACAUGACGAGUUUGAGUCGCUAGACGAUGCCUCCAGAAGACCUCGGCAACUUCAGGAGAGAAUUAUCGAGCCUGAAAUUGAAUGGCGUGAUUAUCAGAAUUCCCAGGCGUGUUAUUGUGAUGUUUUCAUCCUUUUUUGA